AUGGCUUCACGAGCACUCAUGUCGACGUCUUCGCGGUACCCCGAGCAUGAUCUCUCGGAAUUUCCGACCAGCCUCAAGGGCAAGCGCAUCUUGCUGUGCACCGAAUCCUUCGGUCCCGUCAACGGCGUGAGCAGAACGACUCUCAUGCUCGUCAACCACUUGCGCGCAAACGGUGCGCAGGUCGCUGUCGUGGCACCUCACAACCAUACCCAACACAACACGUUUACGCCGCCUCCGUCCCCGUCGUUGUCGCCGGUCGACAAGCCGCAACCCGAGGUGCGUGUGACGGGCUACCCGUUGCCGUUCAACCCCGAGUUGAGCAUCGUGUAUCCUGUGCGCAACUCGACACUGUACUCCAGAACCUUUGGGCUGGACGCGCCGCCCGACCUGAUCUACCUCGCAUCGCCAGCCAGCCUUGGCUUCCAGGUGAUGCUGCAGCUUCGACAGCAGCCCAAGGAAAACCAGAUCCCAAUCAUCUGCAACUUCCAGACCGACCUGGCCGGGUAUUGUCAGAUUCUGUUCCCAGCGCCCCUCAGCCACUUUGCCGUCUUUGCCUUUGCGGCCGUGCAGAGCUAUCUCUUCCGCCACGCUUCCGUCAAGACCAUCUUCUACCCCUCGCAGUUUGUGCGUCGUUAUCUCGCCAGCCAGAAUGUGCAGGAGGACAAGAUGGAACUCCUGACGCGUGGUGUGAACACAGACAUGUUCAACCCCCGGAAACGAAGCGAGCAACUACGCAAGGAGAUUGCACCCAACGGCGAGAUCAUCUUUGUCACCGUGUCGCGCAUCGCCGGCGAGAAAGGGUUCAACUUCCUCGCGCAUGCGGCCAAGGAGCUCGACAAGCGCGGGCUGCCCUACAAGAUGCUCAUUGUCGGGGGGAAUCGCAACCCCGACGUGGAAAAGGAGGUUCAGGAGAUGUUUGAGCCACUCAAGGAGCAAGGCAAGGUCAUCUUUGCCGGGUUCAAGGUUGGCGAGGACUUGGCUGAGGCAUAUGCCUGCGGCGACGUCUUCCUGCACUGCUCUGUCACAGAGACGUUUGGACUUGUCGUGCUCGAGAGCAUGUCGUCUGGUGUGCCCGUCGUUGCGCGUGACGAGGGUGGUCCUUCGGAUAUUGUCCACGAUGGCGAGACGGGCUAUCUCGUGCCGCCGAACGAUCUUGAUGGUUUCGUCACCAAGGCAAUGCAGCUUGGCCAGGAUCACGCUUUGCGAGCACGCAUGGCGGAUGCGUCCAGGCGGGCGGCUUGCGAGGCAACAUGGGACAAGAUCAACAACAAGGUUGCGUGGAGGAUGAGCGACACAAUCGCUGAGCAUGAGCUCGAACGGGGCAAGCCGCAACCGAUCACAAAAGUGUCAAACGCAAGCCUUGCGGCGUCGCAGCUGGUGCCGAUCUAUGGAUGGCUCAUGAUGAACGAGGCUGUCCGCCAGCAGAUCACGCGAGCAAUUGUCGAUGCCCGCUUGAUCGGCGGUCUGGGUCUCAUCCUCUCAGCAUGGGCCAUGACUGGUCUGUACGUGAUCUUCACAGAGUGUCUUCUGUGGGCCAAGGGUCGCAUGAGGAGCAGCGAGAAGAAGGCUGUUUAG